UUGUGGCCGCCUGACAACGUUCUUUCUUACGUCAGUUUUCGACAAGGAUGGGACAAAUUGGGUCAAGGAAGACAAGAAGGUUGGCCUUGACUUGCGGCUCUUUCAAGGCUACGGCAUCAAGGCUUUCUCCAUGAAAGCGUUUGACGUGUGCGGGGACGACACCGAGCUUCACAUGCUGACUGUGGAACAGUUCCUCAAUAGAACGAACGGUUACCGCGUCACUGGCUGCCUUCCUGUCGUUAAAAGUUCCUUGGAGCUCACCAAACCCUUGGUGAAAUUCAGCAGCCCGGCGGACCAACUGCCAGGCGUUGUUAAGGAGUACAGGGAAGCCUUCUCAAGGCUGCCUCUGGACCAGCAAGCCGACUGCGCUUUCGUGCCCUUUGUCACGAACUCGAGGAAAUCGCGACAGACGCCAUCCGCGCCGGUUGGGAAGAGGAAACAGUUGGUUGCUUGUCCAGCUCCGCCUUUGCCAGCGGCGUCUCCCUCGCCCUUGCCCACGGUGAGGGGAGGUCAUGAUAACACUCAAUGUUCCAGCGAGGCUACGGAGUACGAUGAGAAAAAUCUGUACGGACGCAAUACUGCGUGUGACAGUGCCCAGGAAGGUGCGACUGCCCUCACUGAGCGAAACGAGGAGGAAGAAGAUGGGGGAAGCUGCGGUCCACGUGAAGACGACGGUGAUGACGAGAAUAUGGACGUUGGGGAUGAGAACAUGCAGGACCAAAACAUGCUUGGCGAUGACGACGUCGGUGUCACGUCGGAGCAUGGCCCUGGCGACAUCCCCGCCGGUUCUGUAGGAGCGGCUGUUGGUCGGCCCUUGUCGUCCCCUGCGAUAUGGCAUUCGCAAGGAGGGAGUCAGGGUGGGCAUGACUCGCAGGAGCACGGAGGAUCAAAGUUGAGAAAAAGGACAAGAGAAACUUCUCCUUCUGCUUCCGCUCACAAGAGACAAGCGAGGAUUGACGCUGUUAAUGAGGCUCGUGGAGCUCUGGUGGCAUCCCAAGAGGCGAGACAUUCUCGGAAGAGCAGCCAAGGGGGAAGAUGUGGCGGUCGUGGCGGCGGCCGUGGUGGCGCAAGAAAAGGUAAGCAGAUAGUGAGGGCAGAAGAACUGCGGGACUCAGGGGAUGAGGGCGAGGGAGUGGGCCCUCACAUGCCCGACGAUGAUGAUGAGCUGCUUCAGCACGUUGCACCCAUCGACACGACGCGUUGUUUCUUCCUCGAGUACGACGAGCGGGGUUUUGCUAAGCAAAAAGUCCUUCCUGUUCUUGUGGACGUCAUGAAAAUCAAACGCAUUCCCCGCGGGAAUAUUCUUUUCAACCACCGCUCUUUGUCUGCGAACAUGAUGCGAGGCAUCGUGAAUGCCAUUGAGAGUUCCAUCACCACAGAACCGGGGGCGUGGGAUAGGCCUGAGCUCGUGCUUGCAUCGGUUGACCUCAACGAUAGCGUUGGCGGGCAGGGUAGGCGAAUAACACCGACCGAAUUCUUCGAAAGAGACUCCUCGGAGUUUGAUUGGUAUGCUGUCUGUGGUCAGCAUACGGUCGAGGCCAUGGAGACAUUGGUAAAAAAAGGCUCUCCGGCAGUCGACGUCCAUGGCCUUCGCGCGUACUCUAAGGUGCGGGUCGUCUAUUUUGGAGAUGAGCAGACGCUAGGGUAUUUCAAUGUCUCCGCCUUCGACAACACACGCGAAAAUCGGGCCAUGAUGUUGUCUUUCGAGGAUGCUGUCUGUGAUAUGAGGCAAUGGUGGAUCGAUAACCAUCGAAUCGAGGCCUCGAAAGGCAAGGUCAGCGAUAAGGAUGUGGUCGCCAUUGCGCACCAAAAGAAGUGGCAUAAUUUCUUAAAGGCCUCCAUGAGGAAGGCAUGCGACAAGGCGUUCGUGAGGCAAGCGCUCGAGAAUGAGUACAGUAAGGAUUGGAGCAAUAAACUCCGUGGCUACAUGAACCUCGCCACAUCCACCGAGGCUGUGUGGCCACUGGUCGAGAUGUUCUUCGAGAUGUUCAACGAGGGGAAGCUGCCAGUUGGCGAUGGUAAAAUACCACUUGACAUGCCGGGUAGCAUGGAGGGGCGCCAGCCAGGACCGUACACCGACGAGACGAAGGGGCAAAGAACAUUAUACCAUUGCAUAUACGCGAGAGAUGGUCCCAAAGGCUCCACCGUGUCGUGGAAGGAUCUCUGUCCUUCCUACUUCAAAAAUUUUGGGGAUUUGACGUGCCGCGAGAGGGAAGUUCCACUGCUCCUCCCCUUGAAAGGGAAGGUGGUCGCAACGAACGUCAAGGUCAUGCCUCCGAGAGUGAAUACGGAGUGCCUUCUCGACAUCAUGCGCAAGGAACGAUACAUGGUCCGUAUGUUCAAUUACGUUGUUUUUCGCGCCGAGGGAAGGGCGGACGAUGAGUGGAAUGAUGCCUUCUUCAUGUCAUACAAGAACCUCGAAGACACGUAUGGGUCGAACGGUCUGUGUGCAGCUGAAUGGGAGAAGGAACGGGACAAGCUGCAUGUCAUCAAAGUGGAGACGGUCCCUCGACGGCUUGGAGGGGUGGAGAAGGCAAGGCAAGGAUCAGGCUUGGGCCCUACGGCGGCAAUGUAUAAGGAGGCUCCGUUCCACUUUAAGAUGGUGCAAAGUGAUGUUCUGCGUUGCUUAUUCCAGUGGGAGGACAUCGAACUCAUCCUCGGUACCUGGAAACGGGUGGACUGGCCAUCGAAUGACAUCACGAGGUAUGACAAUAUCGCUACGGCGAGUCGAGACAUGAUGACCAUUGUCCUGCACGCGGAGGGAGGGGAUCUCAGAAAGGUCACGGUCGCACCCCGUCUUGUCAAUGACCUCACAAACGUGCAUGUUGUGGAGGACAAGUUCGGGAAGUGUCUGGGGAAACACGGCGGCAUAGAGGGCGAUGAAAGUGUGGUGUAUUCCAUCUGGGAGCGAGAGCCUAGCAAGUUGCGUUCGUUGUGUGGGUCAUUUGUCGGGGAGGCGGAAGGUGUGCUUUUAUUGGGUAGGGCGCACGCGGGUCUUGUGUGGGAAUUCUUACUGGCAGGGAAUAAUGUCAUUGCCUGUGACGAGUCGGCAAAGGACAUUGCAUACUUGACAAAGUUCAUCGAUAUACUUGUCAAGGACGAUAGAUUCAACUGCCACGUCGAAAAACCGCGUUGCAAACAUCGCCCGAACAGGGACAUGUUCCACAAGUUGGGGCCUAAGAGACUGAAGGUGUGGGAGUACCUGUUCCGCGAUAUGCCACAAGGACGGCUUGACGGGAAAUAUAUAUACAGGAAAGCAAAGGCAACAGAGACCCUCAAACAUUAUCACGGUGCUCUCACUAGCGCCUUUGAGACUUUUGUUGCUCGAUGCGAGAUCCUCAAGUUCGAUCUUCGCAAAGACAAAUUGACGUCCAAGGACUACGAGGAGCUCGCGAAAUCGGGCGAUGACUUUAACCCCGUCGACAGCGAGGAAGAUUCUUCGGACUCCGACCUCGAACUGGGCGAGGACACAUGUGCUGAGGUUCCGCGCGGUGGAAUGGUGGAAGCUCACGUGGACGGAAUUGUCCAUUCGCACGGAGGGUCCAUCCCGAUGGCCGCCCCAAGCGUCGCCUCAAUGAUGGCCCCGUCGGAGAGUGCUGCAUUGCAAGACAUUGGAAGAUGCGGUGGCAAUGAAGAAGAUGACAUUGAGAUACCAGGCGAGGCGUCAACGCUCACACGAGGCGAUGCAAUUCCUUCAGGCUACUGUGCUGACCCGGACACGAUAUAUUUCUUGGAGGGCAAACACACCCACACAGGCGAGGAUUAGUGGGGCCAUGACAUCAUAUGGCAUGAGGGCGUUUUACAGCGGUGCAUCCAAGAUGGGGAGUGGAAGAUGGUUGUGAAAUACACAAGCGGUUGGAAGACUUUUCGCCGGAUGUCAAAGGACAUCUGCUUGAAAACGACGGAACUCGCGAUCCUGCAUUGCGUGCGCGUCGAGAAUCCAGGGCAGAACGAGGCCGCCAUCAAAGCCAAGGCCGAAGAAUUGUUUCAUGUCUUGCGCGACAAUCGGCAACUGGAGUACAGCAACAAAUUUUAUGCCCUGCG